CCCCGCCCCUGGCCUCGGGGAGCGAGCGGCGGGCGGCUCAGGCGGAGCGGGAGGAGCAUGCCAGGCGGGGGUCCCCGGGGCGCCCCGGCCGCCUGUGGCGGCGGCGUGGGCCACUGCGCAGGCAGCCGGGAUUGCUUACCACCUGCAGUGUGCUUUCGGAGGCGGCGGCUGGCACGGAGACCAGGCUACAUGAGAAGCUCGACAGGGCCCGGGAUCGGGUUCCUUUCCCCAGCAGUGGGCACACUGUUCCGGGUCCCGGGAGGGGUGUCUGGUGAGGAGUCCCACCAUUCAGAGUCCAGAGCUAGACAGUGUGGCCUUGACCCGAGAGGCCUCUUGGUUGGGAGCCCUGUUUCCAGGAGCACAGCAGCCCCUGCUGUGACCUCUGUGAGAGGAACCUCAGCACACUUUGGGAUUCAGCUCAGAGGUGGCACCAGAUUGCCUGACAGGCUAAGCAGGCCUUGUGGCCCUGGGAAUGCUGGGUGGCAGCAAGAGUUUCCAGCCAUGGACAGUUCUGAGACCCUGGACGCCAGCUGGGAGGCAGCCUGCAGUGAAGGAGCAAGUAGUACCCAGGCAGCAGGCUCUCUGCCAUCAGCGGAGUUGAGUAGCUGCAGCCCUGGCUGUGAUCCUGAGGCCCCCUCAACUCCUCCUGGCUCUCACAGUGCCUUUGCCUCAAGCUUUAGCUUUAUUCGGCUCUCGCUUGGUUCCGCUGGGGAACGUGGAGAAGCAGAAGGCUGCCCACCAUCCAGAGAGACUGAGUCUCCUUGCCAGAGCACCCGGGAAAUGGGAGCCAAAGCUACCAGCUUGAACGAGCCUCACGAAGACCCUCGAUGUCUCCCUCGGUCCUUCAGUCUCUUGGCUCCACAGGUCUUGGCAGACUCGGCCCAGGCCGCAGGGAACAGCUCCAGGCCAGAACAUGAGAUGCAUUCUUUACGGGAUAUGGAUCUUGGCUCCUCCAGUUCUCUGGAUCCCUCACUGGCUGGCUGUGGUGGUGAUGGGAGCAGCAACUUGGGGGAUGCCCACUCUUGGGACCCCCUGCUCAGGAAAUGGGAGCCAGCGCUGCGGGACUGCCUGCUGAGAAACCGGAGGCAGGUGGAGGUAAUAUCCUUAAGAUUAAAGCUUCAGAAACUUCAAGAAGCUGCAGUUGAGGAUGAUGAUUAUGAUAAAGCUGAGAUGUUAAAACAAAGAUUAGAAGACCUGGAACAAGAGAAAAUCAGCCUGCACUUUCAACUUCCUUCAAGGCAGCCAGCUCUUAGCAGCUUCCUGGGUCACCUGGCAGCACAAGUCCAGGCUGCCUUGCACCGUGGGGCCACUGAGCAGGCCAGCGGAGAUGACACCCAAGCCCCACCCAGAAUGGAGCCCAGGCUGUUGGAACCCACUGCCCGGGACAACUUGCAUGUGUCCAUCACGAGACGAGAUUGGCUUCUUCAGGAAAAGCAGCAAUUACAGAAAGAAAUUGAAGCUCUCCAAGCAAGGAUGUCUGUGCUGGAAGCCAAAGAUCAACAGCUGAGAAGGGAAAUUGAGGAGCAAGAGCAGCAACUCCGGUGGCAGGGCUGUGACCCGACCCCGCUGGUGGGUCGGCUGUCCCUGGGUCAGCUGCAGGAGGUCAGCAAGGCCUUGCGGGACACCCUGGCCUCAGCCGGUCAGAUUCCCUUCCAUGCAGAGCCACCAGAAACCAUAAGGAGCCUCCAGGAAAGAAUAAAAUCCCUCAAAUUGUCACUUCAAGAAAUCACUACCAAGGUGUGUAUGAGUGAGAAAUUCUGCAGCACCCUGAGAAAGAAAGUUAACGAUAUUGAAACCCAACUACCAGCCUUGCUUGAAGCCAAAAUGCAUGCCAUAUCAGGAAACCAUUUCUGUACAGCUAAGGACCUCACCGAGGAGAUUAGAUCAUUAACAUCAGAGAGAGAAGGGCUGGAGGGACUCCUCAGCAAGCUGUUGGUGCUGAGUUCCAGGAAUGUCAAAAAGCUGGGAAGUGUUAAAGAAGAUUACGACAGAUUGAGAAGAGAACUGGAAGCACCAGGAGACUGCCUAUGCUGCAAGUGUCCACUGCUUGGAAAAGUGUGGGAAGCUGACUUGGAAGCUUGUCGACUGCUUAUCCAGAGCCUACAACUCCAGGAAGCCAGGGACAGCCUGUCUGUAGAAGAUGAGGGGCAGCUGGAUGACCUAGUGGGAGCUGUCUGUUCAGCGGCUCCUCCCAUUCCCCCUAGGCUCCACUCCGAGCAUGAGAGGAAGACCCCUUUGCAGGCACUGGAAGAAUGGAAGGCUCACCUGAUCCCCUCUCUGCACUGGGCUGGAGGCGAACAGAAAGAGGAAUCUUACAUCCUUUCUGCAGAACUUGGAGAAAAGUGUGAAGAUAUAGGCAAGAAGUUAUUGUACUUGGAAGAUCAACUUCACACAGCAAUCCACAGUCACGACGAAGAUCUCAUUCAGUCUCUCAAGAGGGAGCUCCAGAUGGUGAAGGAAACUCUGCAGGCCAUGAUCCUGCAGCUCCAGCCAGCAAAGGAGGCAGGGGAAAGAGAAGCUGCAGCUUCCUGCAGACAGCUGGCGUCCGGGAAGCGCGAGCUUGAGGAGUGACGGGACAGGGGAGGGAGGUGGGCCGCCAUGCCAACAGUUUGGACCCGGGGGUCUACUCUCCCUUCCCACUGCAUAACUAAUGUGCCUGAAUCAAUUACGGAGACACAGAGCCUUGAUGUCUUUCAGUGGAAAGGUGGUUCAUGUUCAUUCUCAUGAGUCUGAAACUGAGGAGCCUGCAAAUUGGAACGUGGAGAGGGAGACUGAUUUGCUGAAUUUUCUUCUAAAUGUCAUUAAAAAAUUUCUUUUCCAUGUCAUUCAUGGGAAUGUCCUCCACAGGAUUCAAGAAUAUUUUCAUCUCAAUCCCCAUUCGAGAGAAGCUGGGGUGAAUUCUGGAAAAAAUAUUUCUUUUUUUCUACACCAUUUGCCUUCUGCUGUAACUAAAAUUCUUCCUGAUUCAAGAUUCUAUAAAAAGGAAACCAAGCAUAAGACUGUCAUCCUACCUGUUAUGCGUUCCUACAGGUGCACCAUCUAAGAGAGCUAAUUAACCUCAGAGUCUGGAAUUAACAGCUUUUUACCUUACUUCUCCUGUGAUCUAAUAUUAUCUUAGAAAAAUUAAUAUACAACUUCCAAAAGAUAUUUUGGUAAGGCAGCAGCCUCUCAGUGAUGUGCCACCUUUCAGUUUUCCUUUUGUGGCAAUGAUUACAUCUGAAGAAAGGAUCCUUGAGAGUCUCCGUUUCAUCAGGACAUUCUGAAAUUUACCUAUAGUGAGGCUGUGGAUGGAUCAGGAGACCGGUAUGAUAUGUUUGAGCCUGUUCUGUUUUCCCAUGGAACCUGUUUCACUCAAUGCCAGGCAGUGCAGCAUUUAGGAAAGCAGUGCAGUACUCAGUAAUACAGUACAGUACUCAGUUAGGCAAUGCAGUACUCAGGCAGUGCAGUACUCAGUAAGGCUGUGCAGUACUCAGAAAUGUAGUGCAGUAUUCAGUAAGACAGUGCAGUACUCAGUGUAGCACUCGGUAAGGCAGUACAAUACUCAGCAACACAGUGCAGUACUCAGUAAUACAGUAUAAUAUUCAGUAAGGCAGUGCAGUACUCAGUAACACAGUGCAGUACUCAGUAGGACAGCACAGUUCUCAGUAACACAGUGCAGUACUCAAUAAGCCAAUGUAGUACUCAGUAAAUCUGUGCAGUAUUCAAUAAUGCAAGGGCAUUGCAGCCUCCUGCUGAGCUCUUCCUGCAGACCCAGCUGGGACUCCUAUUGAGACAGCUGCAAAACAGGCUGAUUUCAAUUAGGCAGCACUUCCCAAAGUGCACUGAUGAAGUUGGUCCCAAGAGGUGCUCUCUAACCAAAGGAGUCCCCUCUCUGGUCAAGUACCUUUGGUAAAUACACCAUACCAUAAUAUCUGCUUGGAGAGCCACAACACACGUUAGCAUAUUAGUCUGUGAGAGAAGGUAUAAUAAGGAAAGCCACUUGAUUUUAUCUAACCUCAAACUUUCCAAGUUUAAUGGAUCACGAAUUUUUUUUCAUGUAACUCCUAUUCAUAUCCCGUAGAUCUAGUAUUGGUCAGCACUGCACUCUCUGAGGAAGUCCUAGUCCAAACACUGAUUUACAUCACUUUAGAAACCACACUCAAACUUUUGCAGAGUGUUGAGCUAAAUAAUUACCUGCCACAGAUUGGUAAAUUUAAUCCAGUAAAUGUUCUGUUUGUGCUUCUGUCCUCAUGUAUAUGUUCAGGGAUGGUGAUGUUCCUGCCUUCACUAGGAUCCAUGAGGCCAUUUUGGUCAUUUCCUGCAGUCACACUGUCAUUUCCAGAAGGCAUCUGGUGCUUUGCUGAGCCUUCCAUGCUGUGCAGCACUUCUGUCCUCAGUCGAGGAGAUGGCCCUGCUUAAGCCAGCAAUUGGCUGGGGUUCAGGAAACGAAGCAAAAGCACAAUAUGUGAAUGUGCUGAUUGUGUUCCCUACGGCUUUAUCUCAAGCAAAAUACACUCUACAUAUUUUAAUAAUAAGCAUAAUUAGUUUCUUCCUGGACUUCAUUUUUCAAUGAUGAACCAAAUUCCUGAAUUAUUAAUAAUUGUGUCUAAAGAAAAUUAUGAACUAGUCCUUGAAUUAAUUCCAGUGAAGCAAAACUUGGGAAGAGUCAGGAUUAACCACGUUGCCAAUAACAAAUUUCUACCUUGACUUAUGUCUUUUUAAAAAGCCUCCCAGACACCAGACAUGUUGACAGUCACUAGCCCAAGAGUUUUGUGUUACUUAGACACCAUCGUGAAGUAAUUCUGUGAGGUCAUGGUGUAUUUGAAAAUUCCGCAAGUUAAUAACUGCUUUGAAUUAUUUGAACCCCAAAUAAGGGUUCUUUGGUACCUCCAGUAGAUAGUGUAUUCAUUUCCCUGCAGCAAAUUUUGAAGUAUUUGAGCUGGUGAGUAAUGUUUCAACCCCAUGCCGUAACUCAUCUGUUGUCUUUGCUUGGUCUUAGAAUGUCAUUCAAAAAGCCUGCUAAGAGCCAGAGUGCUUCUUCUGGCUACACAACCUUCUCAGGACAACCCCACUGUCUUAAGCCACUUUGACCCUGGAAGACCCAGGACUGUGUAUCCCCAACCAUAUUAUAAGGCAGUUUUUGUCAGGGCAACGUAAAAAUAUCUGAGAGAGGUUAGGACUUAGAUUUAAAAGCAUCAAAACACCAACAAUAAAAAUUUGUGUUGGAGAUAGCUAAGACCACAAGCAAAAGCACAUAUUGAAAAUGAUGAGUUAAGAGUCUGAUUUGACUGGGAUGUGGUGUGAGAGAGUAAGUGAAAUAUUCUACUGCUCGCCUCGCUGGAAUGCUGGCUUUCAAAUGGUCACCCCCUUUGCUUUCACCUGCCUGAGUUAGAACAUGCUGUCUAGCAGUAACAGUCCCAGUUCCAUCCAUCUUUCUGAAAUUUCAAAACUGAAUUGAUCCUUCUCCAAAUAGUAUGUAGCAUUGGAAACUCAUCUUUCCCUGCAGUUAAGGCUGGUUUCCCCACCCCAGAAACAUGUAAGGGUUGGUACCAUGCUAUGCUCUUUACAGUCAUAUCCUAUAAUCCCCAUAUCAACCUAUAAGGAAGGUGUUUGUGGGUGAUGCAACUGAGCCUUAAGAGGACUAAUUCUCUUUUUCUAAGGCACAGAGCUGCUAAAAUGUGGAUUAAUAGUGUACCUAACAGUCAGAGACAGGCAGCUUGCCCUUAACUAGUCUCUUCCUAAAGUUCCUUUAACGUGCUUUUGAGACUUUGAGUCAUGGGACUUAUUUGUUCACCUGGUUAACACAUGGCCACUGUGAAAAUCUUGGCUGGGGAGUCAAAGAAACUGAGCCUAGGGCAAACGAGGCUUCUCACACUUCCAGGGGAGCCUGACUGUGACGUCUAGACUCAGACAGGCUUCAACAAACCUAUUCACCCCCACCAACAUCCUAACCUAACCAUUCCCCAGUCAUCCCAGGAACAACCACUCACAGCCUGACACUGGGCAGAUUUUCUUGAAGAUCCUCAUCCAGUUGGUGUUUUUUGGAAGGGUUCCAGUAUUAUGAAUUCUGUGUGUGGAGAAAAGCAACCAUGUACUUACUGGUCAAUGCCUUCUUGUAUAUGUAAUUCAGUACUUUUAUUUCUAAUAUCCAUACCUUAUCUAAUCUUUGAAUUUUGUCAUAUAAUUUAUUACUUCAUUAAAGUUACUUUUUGUUAUAUGAAAUAAAAGCUGAUAUCCAAG